AUGGUAUUAAAGGUCACCCUCAGUAUAGUUAUUGCUAUGCUGACCUGCAUAUCUUCAGCAAAAUCUCGUGAUCUGGGAAAAACUUUCAAGACCUUACCUGCUGUUACCAAUUCUCUUGUUAACCUUGGAAAAAUGGAUUUUGCAUUUUACUUUAACGUUCACCCAGAAGAUAUCAACGCAUUUAAAUCUGAUGGCUUGCUUCGAUCAGAUUUCUCAUUAAGUCCAAAAAAAGAAACUUUUAUUGAGCCAUGUCCUUGCUCAAGCCUAAAAUAUGUAAAAGAUUCUGCGCAGAAUUAUCCUUCAGAUCUUCUUAAGAAAAUUCUGUCUGGCAAUGACUUGUUUUCCUUCAAAGAACCUGAUUCUUCCCCAUUAUGUUGCAAUUCACACGAACAUUUCCAAGAACAUAUUCUGUUGGAAUUUAGUCCGAAGAAAAAACUACUUUUUACCAAUUCACAAAACGCUGCUCAUAGCUUUUCAUUUCUACCAUAUUUGCUAGACAGUUUACAAAGUAGACCAAGUUUGCCUACUAUGCCUGUGAAACCAAAAGCAGUAGAAAUUUUGUUUUUCCCAAAGAAGACAGGAAUUUUACCAAUGGAUUUUAAUAAAUUGAAAGAAAAAAAGGUGACUGAUAAUAAAAAAGAUGCAAUCAAAAUAGUAGGAGACAAAGAAAUCAAAAAUAAAUUCAAAUCUGGUAUCAUCGUUCCACCACUACCGUCAUCUACUAUAAAGGAUUCCUUUCUUCAGAAAAAAGCCAAAAAUGUAUCGAAUGAAAUUGAACAAGCAAUGACUACAGUU